GGGCGGGGCCCCUGCGGCAGCACGGGCGCCGGGCGCAUGCGGCUGAGAUGAAGCGCACCCUCUCGGCGCACGCCGGUGACGUAGCGCGCGAGCUACGGCAGGCCGGCUGCCUGGCCGCCGUGCAGCAGCAGCUGCCGAGCCCCUACGCCGUGCUCGGCCUGGGGCUCGGGGAGCAGGACGCGGGCGCCAUACGGCAGGGAUUCUUGCGUGCCGUGCGGAUCUACCCGCCGCAAACGCACCCCGCGGAGUUCGUGUGCGUGGUGGAGGCCUACGAGAUGCUGCGCAACCCCGAGCGACGGGCAGCGCUGGACGGACGGCUUGCGGAGGUGCGCGGUGAAGACCGCCGCAAGCACCAGCGCGGGUGCGGCGGCAUCACGCCCGCGGCGGCCGCGGCGUUCCUUGGCGCGCGCAGCGGCCCAGCCUGCGCAGUGGA